UUAUUAAUUGUUGAAAACACGAUCAGGAUAUUUGGAUAUAUUGUGAUAAGGUGUCCCAUCUUACCCCAUAAUACUAUAUAUUCAAUUCAAUAAAACUAUCUGUACCCCAUUUAAAAAAAUGACCUUUUCUCUAUUAAAUUUGAGCUCACAAAAUUGUAAACACGCUGCGGGCAUGCACGACUGGUGUCGUGACGUCAGCUAAUGGCUCGCGGUUCGACCAAAAGGCAGAAAUAGAAACAAAUUAAAUCCGAUCGUUUCCGUGCUACCUACGUGCAACACCGGAUAGGGCUCGAAUAGGAAGUCACGUGAUAAAAAAACUUAUCCUCUCAAGCGCUGGGAAAAGUCCACUCGUGAGAAUGAAAAUUCAAAGUCGAGAUACUGAUUCAUUUACUACUGAUCGUCAAUUUUUGUUUUGAAAAAAAUAUGAACGGAAAAAAAAUUCUUCUCUGCCAAGUUGGAAUUCUAGUUCUUGUAGUUACAAUAGCGAAUACUCAGAAUUACGGAAUCGAUUGCGACUUUGACCGCAAUAUGUGCGGCUGGAGGAAUGCGUUAAAAUAUGAAAACGUCGAUGAUUUUAAUUGGAAACGAGGAUACGGCUCGAAUGGAAAGCAGAAGGGUAGUGGGACCAACGACGACCACGGCGGGGGUGGUGGAUACAUGUACAUUAAGUCGAAGAAUCGAAUGAAUCGAACCGCAAAAUUUCUCAGUCGAUCUCUAACAACGACUAGUUUUACUUGCUUUAAAUUCUGGUAUUUCAUGAAAGGUAGAAAUAUGGGGCAUGCGGCAGUCUACUUGGCAAAAGACCGACUGCAUCUUGACAAUUCAAAUAAUCCUUUAUGGAACUUGAGAGGUCACCAAGGAAAUGCAUGGAGGCAAGCCAAGGUCCCCCUGCCACCCCAGAAAAACAGCAUCAUAGUUAUCGAAGCUUUUGAUUGGAAGGUCGGUCGUAGUGGGAACAUUUUACUUGAUGAUGUUAGUUUAAAUCAAGUAACAGGAACCAACGAAUGUCAAGUUCAACCAAGCUACGCUGCACCAAAACCUUCAACAACAACAACAACAACAACAGCGACAACAACGCAAACAACACAAACAACAACAGCAACAACAGCGACAACAACGCAAACAACAACAGCAACAACUACAGUAAAAACAAAAUCAACAACAGCAAAUAAAAGGUUUGAAUCCAAUACUACCAGAACAACGUCCUACGAUUUUCAACCAAAUUCUACGCUAGCCAUGAAACCAAUGACAACACCAAAAACGAUUUCAUUGUUUAACAUUACAAGUCCUGCAACAAGCCCGAGCAAAAACUCUACAAAGACCGAUCCCAACUCGGCUCAAAUUGCUGGCACGAAAGACCAGAGCUAUAUCUAUAUAGUGGUGGGCGUUCUAGGCGCUACUAGUAUUCUAGCAGUAGCUUUGUUAAUCUAUGCAAGACGAAGAAAGAAGUUGCCACGGUCCAUGUAUGAUGAUAAUGUUUCAGUUACCGUCAGCCGCAUGUAUCCCGAUCACGUUACUAUUACAAGGAGUAGCGACUACAGCAAGCUGAAAUCGAUGGAUUAAAUUAAUCCCUAAUGUAAAAAUCGUUUGCAUCAAAUGUAUAUAUAGUAAAGUGGGGGAGAUUGGACACUUUUUCAUUCUGUUUUCUCGUCCUAUUAAAGGUAGUAAAUAAAGAACAUUUAAAGAGUUAUAAAUUGGUAUCUUCACUACUCCCAACAGCAUUGUUAAUUGUUUAAAACACGAUCGAGAUAUUAUGUGCUAAAGGUGUCCCAUCUUACCACACAGUACUGUAUCUCGCAAACCUGUGUAAAUGUUUUUAUUUCUAUUGAUAAUUAUACUACCAUACUGCAAAUUAAAAUAA